UACUACUAGAUUACGGCACGUUCCAAGUUACGUAGAAAUUCGGGUUGUCACCACUGUAGGAAUUGAAUUCUGUUGUAAACUGAGGAUAGCCUGUAAUAUCUACAUUCUUGCCAUCAUUUGGCAUACAGCCUUGAUGACAAAUGACAGUUCAUGGGGUCUCCCCCAAAAAAUUAGUUUAGUACUGUGCAUUAUGUCUAUAAUCAAUUUUCCCUUCAGUUUUAAGGGAGCAGCUUUGGGAUAGCCUUUUUUGAUGAGAUGAAUUAGCUUCAAAAAAUAAUAAUACAAAAAUAAAGUUGUUCUGUUUUUUUGUUUUUGAGGUUCAGAGAGGGCAGGGAUAAGUCAACCACACUCACAUGCAAAAAAAUAAAACUUGUCUGCCCCAAGACAGGAAAUGCUUGUUGUAUUUCUCUUUAAUAGAAUAUUUUAACCAGUCUGGGCAUAAACCAUAUAUAAACAAGAAGACAAAAAAUAUCUAUGGGAUAGCCAUGUGGAAGACAGACCCCGGCAACAGUCCUUCAUGGCAGGCCAGCAGCAGCAGCUCAAAGUAACCUUACACUGUCCAAACAAAGUGCAGCCUACACAUUUCAACUGGGCUUACAUUUAUGACCUGACAAGGCCAUGCAAGGAACCAAAAGACUGUCGCAAACAAACACGGACCACCUCCUGUCCGCGUAAAGGUUAUGUCGACCUCUCACAAUGACAAGAUGAUCGACUGCCGACUGUUUUUUCUAACGGGUGAGAGGUCGCAGUCUGUCGGUCCACAGCUGCUGCAGCACCAGGACUUGUAUUUGUUUGACCACAGUCCUCUUGCCGCCACUUUUAUGCAAUUUCUUCCCGAGUGUUGUUACCCUAGGUGAAAAAGAUUAGACAUCCCUCUUUCAGCUUGCUGUUUGCAGCGGUUGUUUAUCUAGAGAGGCAACAAUAGACUUGUGGUUUGACAAGUGCCAGUGGUGACUCAGCGGUCAGAGAGUAAUGUGGGAGGUUGAGAAAAAUGUUGCGGUGAGGAAAAAGCAUUAUAUGUGUGCAGACGGGAGUUGACUUCGGGGGCCUCUAAAUGGAUAUUCAGGCAAAUUUGGAAAUGGAUGGAUGUUUGGUUGCUGUAAGACACGCUUUUGCAAUAUACUCUAGCUAUUUCGCACAAAAAUAUAUUCUUACUGCUUUGAGAAAGACUUUCAAAGUACUAAUACAAUUUUACUUUCCAAAAAGGGGAACUGCUGAGACAAACAAAAAUGUAUAUUUAUAAUGUAUAAUCUGUAAUUUCAGAGAGACAAGUAUAAAUGCUACUACCAGAUUUGGGGAACACGAGUCACAUGACUUGACUCGACUGACUUGGGACUUGCUUGUCGCUAUCUGUCCUUGCAGUCUAUACACACGGCAUUUCGGACCUUCAGAAAUUAUAGAAUGCUUAAUAACCUUUCGCAUAACACAACUGCUAGGUCGUUACAAUACAAACGGUUUUAAAGAAAAGCAAUAUUAUAGUGCUGAAUUUUUUAUUCGUUUACUGACAUUUUGCCUUAGCAACAAUGUCUCUUAGCCUUCACGCACAAAAGUACACAAGUUCAACUUUGAAUGCAUGUACAGUACCUACAGUGUGUGCAUACUGUAGGUGUGCGUGCAUGAGUUACGGAUGUUACGGAUGUGAAUGAUGCUGACUGUUUUAGUUCAGGUCCAGACAGGGGAAGUUUCAGCAUUGCUGCCGGUUGGUACAUAACCAGGAAAAAUAAAUAAAUAAAUAAAAACACAUGAUCAUGUGAUGCAAAAUGGAAAGCAACCCACACGAGAGCUUGUUUUCAGUUCCUUAGAAAAAUGGUACAAUUUUGAGCAAAGAAUGUGUUCAAAGGGCAGCACAUUCCAAAAAACAUGGAGGUUCAUUGAAGAUUCUAAAUUGUCCAUAGCGGUCAAUGUGAGUGUGGUUGUUUGUCCAUGUGAUAAGCUUCCGAUCGGUCUAGGGUUUACCCGUCUCUCCCAAAAUCAGCAGGGAUUGGCUCCAACCCUAAUGAGGACAAAACGCUAUAGAAAAUAGACGGAUGUGUUCUGCAUAUAGGCCUACUGUACAUGUCGGCAUAUACAGUACCAUGGGGUUUUGAUGAUUUUCAUUAACGUACAGUACUAUUGCUGAUCCAGGCGAUUGCGGGGAGAGUGGUGCCAGUCAAUCAGCGGACACAUACAGACAAAAAACUAUUUCCACUUUCAUUCACGCCUAUAUAUAUGUUUUUGGAAUGAAGGAGAAAGCUGGAGUACCAGGAGAAAAGCAGUGGGGAAACGCAGAUGCGCACAUUCAUGAUGACCAUUCACCAUGCAGUCAUUAAAAGAGACAGACAAAUGAUUAAAGAAAGCAAUGUAACACUAACUGUUUCUUCCUGUUGGACUUGCCUUCUGGUGACAUUUGAUUAGGCUUUUGAAUGGUCUCCAUUUUCACAUGACAGGAAAGAGAAAGCAGAAGGAAAAGCAAAAGUGCAGUCAGACUGUCAAUGUGCCAUUAGACUGGAGGUAUACAAACUGGGCAUAAGCAGUCAAACGGGAGUACGUUCGGAGAGAUCUUCACGGGACAAAACCAGCAGACAACUCUCCUCAUGGACACAAAUGCGACUCUCUUCCGAGGCAACCGCAGCAACCUCACCUGCUCCCGAGACAAUGUCGUGAAGACAGUUGUUUUCCCCAUCCUCUACUCCAUCCUGUUCCUGGCGGGGCUGUCACUCAAUGGUCUGGCAAUGUGGGUGUUCUUACGCAUCCCCUCGCGUUCCCACUUCGUCAUCUACCUCAAAAAUGUCGUGGUCGCCGACGUCGUCAUGACCCUUACGUUCCCUUUCAAGGUGUUAUCAGACUCCAACAUGGCCUCCACUGGACUGCGAAUAUUCGUAUGCCGGGUCUCCUCGGUGCUCUUCUACCUCACCAUGUACAUCAGCAUCCUCUUCUUCGGCCUCAUCAGCAUCGACCGCUGCAGGAAGACCCUGGCACCAUUCAAGGGUACCAACGCCACCAGGCUCGCCCGCAGGAAGUUCCUCUCCACCGUCGUGUGGGUCGUCCUACUGGUUCUCUGCCUUCCCAACGUGAUCCUGACCGGUAAGACGCCGCAGUCGCCGUACUUCAAGUGCAGCAAUCUAAAGGACAGCGCUGGACUGUACUGGCACGAGGUGGUCAACCACGUGUGUCAAGUCAUUUUCUGGGGGAACCUCUUGAUUGUGAUCGUGUGCUACACUCUAAUCACCAAAGAGCUGUACAAGUCCUACUCGCGUACCAAGGCUCGUGGCCCCGAGGGGUGCAGGGCUUCGGCCAAGCCGAAGCAGCAUGCUAAAAGGAAGAUGAACACCAAUGUCUUCCUGGUCCUGGCAGUGUUUUUCGUUUGCUUUGUGCCGUUCCACUUCGCCCGUGUGCCGUACACCAUGAGCCAGACGCGGGGCCUCCUCUUCGACUGUCGACUCAAGCUCUUCUUCUUCCAGCUCAAAGAGAGCACUCUCUUCCUGUCAUCCCUCAACUCCCUCCUGGACCCACUCAUUUACUUCUUCCUCUGCAAGUCCUUCAGGACCACCCUUUUCAAGACCCUCAGGCUUCCCCCUGGCACCUGCAGCUGGCUGCUGGAAAGGGGCUCAGACACCGAUUCUAGCAGCACCACCCUCAGAGACUCCUCUCUGUGUGCCAGCGGUGGACCGUCACGGCGGUAAGGCCUUCUCUGCAGAAGCACUGACCUACAACCUAAAUUCUGAUAUUUGUUCCAUCAAAUUGUAUUAAUUUAUUCCCAGCAGUCUAUUCUCUUCAUUUUAUAGUACUUCUCUUGGCUGCACUGCUUCCAAUAUAUGUAUGUGGAUGUUGGAGGUUUUUUUUUGGUCUAAUCAGAUUUCAGCCUCUCUGUGCUGCCAUGCCAGUCUAAUCUGCCUAGCCAAAUCAAGUCAUUUUUUUAUGAAGCCCUUAAUCACAAAAUAAUCUCAAAGGGCUUCACAGGCCCACAGUUUACAAAAAUCAACAUCCCUCAUCUAGACCUAAGGGUCUACUCAGACAAAACUCAUUAAGGUUAAAAAUGUGAUAUUGGCAGUAUUAAGAGGUGAAUUAAGUCAGGUAAGUCCCUAUUGAAGGCCCAGGUGCCAAAUAUAUAGCCUGCAACUGGACAUCAACCUGGACAGUAUAGACAAGCAACCAUUCACACUUAUAUUCACACCAAUGGACAAUUUAGAGUCUUCACUGAACCUAACAAGCAUAUUUCUGGAAUGUGGGAGGAGGUUGGAGUACCUAAUGAAACCACAAAAGAGAACUGUGAAAUGUGCAAACAACUCAUCCACUGUCCUUGCCCUUAGUGAAAUGAUAUUUUAAUUAUGCACAUCGGUACUACACACACACAUACAAACACACUCAUACAUUGUAAGCAUUGACAUAAGCUUAAAACCAAUGAUAUUGCAUUGAAUAAAGGGUUCUACUGUUGCACUAUGUUGACUGAUCAGCAUUAAAUGUGAUUUGUAUUUUUUGUACUUCACAGCCUGUUUCUUGUACUAAUUGUUGUUGUCUUUGUAUCUCUGUUAUUUUAAUUGAUGUUGUAGCUUUUGAUUGAUCUUGGUGUAAAACGUGCUCAAUAAAUUUGAUUGAUGAAUUAA